UCUCCUCUAAGAAUCUAUAUUUGGUCAGCUUUGAAGACGCCGCACGCUUUGAUCUUCACUUUGCUCAGAGCAAAAGGCAAAAUAUUUAUUUCUGCGUAUAAAGCACACUUUGCGACAUCUUUUUCACCGCAACAGAAGAUUUUUAGAAUACAGAUAUGGCACCACGAGGAAAGGCUAGGAAGCCAAUUAGAGGAGGUGGCAAGCACUUCACGCGGGGACUGCGUGAGCAAACAGAGUCUGAGGCAUUCGGAAACAUUGUUCCCGAGGGCGAGCUAGGAGACGACAACGACGGCGCCGGCCGCUCGCGUCGCGCGAUUUCGUCCGGGUCCGAGAGCGAGAGCGAGAGCGACAGUGAACCAUCGCCGUUUGCGCAGCGGGAAUCGUCACCACCACCGCCGGCGCCUAUCGCGGUCAGUAAUCCCAACCGAGGCGGCGCGGCGGCGGCGACGCCGUCUAGUAGCCAGCCGCAGCAGUUGUCGAGAAGGGAGAGGGAGGCGAUGCAGGCUGCUGCUGCGAAGGAGCGGUAUUGGAAGUUGCACGCUGAGGGAAAGACCGAUGAGGCCAAGGCCGAUCUUGCACGGCUUGCGGUUAUCAGACAGGAGAGAGAAGAGAAGGCGAAGCAGCGCAAGGCGGAGCAGGAAGCCAAGGCUGCGGAGCAAGCUGCUCGUAGCGGCCAGGGACGACGUAGAUAAACAGGAUCAGUCGCACUAAACACGAGAGUCGCUGAAAUUUAUACACUUUGGGUAAGUCGCAUGGUUAUAUAGGAUCUGGGGUGUCUGGAUGUAUAAUUUCGUUAUGUGGUUUUUAAGUC